AAAGAGGAGGAUUUUGUUCAGGAAGGGACCCGCCAUUUUGCCUUCUCAUCAUUGAAAUACCCACAACACGAAGACCAACUCCAUUUAGAUCAUAAGUGGCAAAAAUAAGUUCCCUUUUCCCUCUUGUAUUCCAUCCCAUGUGAACUCAGAGCAGCCAGAAUUCUCUUUACUCAUCUCUCUCUCUCUCUCUCCAAGAUGGAGUUGGGGAAUGAAUUGAUGAGGAUGGGAGUAAAGCUAAUUAGGAUACCCAUGGGGCUAGUAGCUACAUGGGUUAUGUUGGCCUUAUUAGCUGCAGUUUUGGGGUACUUUUAUGCAUCCUAUUGGGGUGUUUGGAGGAUACCUGGUCCUGUGGCCAUGCCCUUUGUGGGAAACCUGCCCUUGCUUGCUAGGUAUGGUCCUGGCUUGUUCUCAAUCCUUGCCAAACAAUAUGGGCCUAUUUUCAGAUUUCAUAUGGGUAGACAGCCAUUGGUAAUUGUAGCAGAUCCAGAGCUGUGUAGAGAAGUUGGAAUUAAGAAAUUCAAAGAAUUUCCCAACAGAAGCAUUCCCUCCCCCAUCUCAGCUUCCCUGCUUCAUCAGAAGGGCCUUUUCUUCACGAGGGAUUCAAGAUGGUCUACAAUGAGAAACACAAUACUCUCAGUCUACCAGCCAUCCCACCUAGCCAAGUUGGUACCAACUAUGCAAGAAGUCAUCGAAUCCGCCACUCAAAAUCUUCUUUCCAAGAAAGAGGAGGACAUCAUCUUCUCCGACUUUUCCCUCAAACUAGCCACCGAUAUGAUCGGACAGGCCGCCUUUGGUGUCGACUUUGGCCUCUCGAAGCCAUUCAAUGAUUCAGCUCAUCAAAGCAAUGAUAAUGGCGUCCACGACUUCAUCAACCAACACAUUUACUCCACAACAAUGCUUAAAAUGGACCUUUCGGGCUCAUUCUCCAUUAUUAUUGGCCUUCUAGUCCCUAUUCUCCAAGAACCAUUUCGCCAAAUACUCAAAAGAAUUCCCGGAACUGUGGAUUGGAAAGUGGAAAAAACUAACCGGACUUUGAGUAGCCGACUAGAUGAGAUUGUUGCGAAGAAAAUGGAAGUCAAGGAUAGAGAGUCAAAGGAUUUCUUGUCGCUUAUAUUGAAGGCAAGGGAAUCAGAGGCCGUGUCAAGGAGUGUUUUUACUCCGGAUUACAUUAGUGCAGUUACUUAUGAGCAUCUACUAGCUGGAUCCGCGACUACUUCCUUCACAUUGUCUUCUGUUAUAUAUCUAGUCGCCGGGCAUCCAGAGGUUGAGAAGAAGUUGAUAGAGGAGAUUGACGGGUUUGGACCGCGUGAUCAAAAGCCAAAUGCUCAUGAUCUUCAACUCAAAUUUCCCUAUCUUGAUCAGGUUGUGAAAGAGGCAAUGAGGUUUUAUACAGUUUCCCCAUUAGUUGCAAGAGAGACAUCAAAGGAAGUGGAGAUAGGAGGUUACCAUUUGCCGAAGCAGGGCACAUGGGUCUGGUUGGCACUUGGAGUCCUAGCAAAAGACCCGAAAAAUUUCCCAGAGCCAGACAAGUUUAAGCCAGAGAGGUUUGAUCCAAAUUGUGAAGAGGAAAAGCAGAGGCACCCUUAUGCAAACAUACCAUUUGGAAUAGGACCUCGAGCUUGCAUUGGCCAGAAGUUUUCCUUACAAGAAAUCAAACUCUCGUUGGUUCAUCUAUACCGUAAAUAUGUAUUUCGCCACUCCCCAGAUAUGGAGAAACCUUUGAAACUUGAGUAUGGCAUAGUUCUUAACUUCAAGCAUGGUGUUAAGCUUAGAGCCAUCAAAAGAGCAUAGAAAUUAGGCAUGACCGGGUGAAUUUCUCAGCAUGUUUCUGGGUAUCAAUGUAUACCAAGUGAAAAGUGUACCUAGGUUUGAUCAUGUAGACUACUGCAUCCUCUAUUGGAAUGUUCUUAUGAAUGGAUAAAUUUAGCAAUGACUCAAAA